AUGCUUACACAUGGGUCUGUUGUCGAUCCACCGACACAAGCUCCUUCUGGUGAAACACCCGCUCAACCCCCUGCUAGCAAUUCCCGUUUCGGCAGACUUUCCUCCAUCAAGAUACCUUCUUUUAGUACUCCUCCCAAGACCACCCCCCUCAAAGUUGAGAAGGCUAACGUCGGGGGUAUCAACAGGAGCACAUACAGGGUUAACGGAGGCAAACAUGACGGAUGGUGGGCAAAAACAGAUGGGCACAACAAAAUCGGCCAAAACGAGGUCGAUGCUGUUAAACACUUCGACAAGUCUGCUCUUACCGGAAAGGAUGCGAGUGGAAGAACCUGGAUCGUCCAGAAAGACAAAGGAGUCGCUCUUGAGCGGCUUCCGCAGUUCCAAAAGAUCAUCAAUGGACAGGGAACUGCGAAUGAGAAAAUGGCAGCAGUCGACAAGCUACUUCCUCAAAAAAUGAACCAACUAGACAAGAUGGUUACGGGGAUAAACAAGCAAGGAUGGAUCCACUGGGAUAUUCAACCGGGCAAUGUACGAUGGGAUCCUCGCACCGGCAAACCUACAGCGAUAGACUGGGGGCUCGCACAAAAGUAUAGAGAAUCAGAGAAAUGGUACAAGGGCGGGAAGGUUGCAGAUUGGGUAAGGAACAGGAAGGAUAAUGAGUGGCCAAAGGAACCCUAUGAUAAAGGAAGAUGGAGGGCCAAUAUUCAUGUAGCAGUAAACCGGAGCCAAGCUCCGAAGACAGGUUGUUGA